CCCAAUCCUCUCAAAAAUCCAUGGCAACAACUUCCUCAAACAGCAUGUUUGCUACCUCUUCUAAUCAAAUUCCCAUUUUCGAUGGAGAAUUGUACGAGUAUUGGAGUGCCCAAAUGCAGCCAAUUUUCAUCUCUCAAGAUAUGUGGGAUAUAGUCCAAGAUGGCUAUGAAAGUCCACAGGAAGAUGAUGAAGACUCGAAGAAACGAUCAGACAAGAAGACAAAGGAGUACAAGGAGAAUGCCAAGCAAAAUGCCAGCGCCUUGAGAAUCAUUCAGCAAGCAGUGAGCAAAUCUAUUUACCCAAGAAUCUAUGGCAUCAAAAAGGCCAAAGAAGCUUGGGAUGUCUUGCGUGAACAAUUCCAAGGUUCUGAAAAGGCGAUCUCCAUCAGGCGCCAAAGUUUAUGGCGACAGUUCGACAACUUGAUGAUGAAGGAAACCGACACCAUCAAAGACUUCCAUUCGCGUGUUGCGGAGACAGUCAAUCAGAUCUAAGCCACUGGUGACGUCAUGGAAGAGAGGAAGGUCGUGGAGAGAAUUCUCCGGAGCUUAUCAUCAAAGUUCGAGCAUAUUGUUGCUGUCAUUGAAGAAACCAAAGAUCUGGCAAAUCUACCAAUGAGCGAGUUGAUGGGCUCACUUGUAGCACACGAGCAAAGAAUGACCGCUUCACCAAACCGCCAUUGGAGCAAGCUUUCUCGUCAAAAGUCAACAUGGCGGAAAGUAAAUAUGCCAAAUCGGA